AUGGCGGCGCCCUGCGGGUCGGAGCUGGCGGCCGCGUCGUCGCCGCUCAAGAUCCCGAAGAUGGAGGCCGGGUCGCCGGCGUCGCCGGGGGGCGGCCUGAGCGACGGGAACCCGUCGCCGUCGGACCCGUCGACGCCGCGGGGCGCGUCGCCGCUGGGCCCGGGCGGCGCGUCGGGCGCGGGGCUGCCGGGGCCGGGGCCGGGGCCGGGCGCUCGCGGCGCGGGGCCGGGGCCGUUCGCGCUGCCGCCGGGCUCGUCGUCCGGGGCGGCGUCCUUCCCGCCGGGCUCGUCGUCCGGGGCGUCGGCGGCGGCGGCGGCGGCGGCGUGCCGCGGCAUGUCGUGGACGCCGGCCGAGACGAACGCGCUGAUCGCCGUGUGGGGCAACGAGCGGCUGGCCGAGGCGCGCUUCCAGCAGCUGGAGGGCGCGGGCACGGUGUUCGGCGGCAAGGCGCCCGGGCCCGCCAUGUACGAGCGCGUGUCGCGGGCGCUGGCCGAGCUGGGCUACGAGCGGACGCCGUCCCAGUGCCGCGAGCGCAUCAAGACCCUUCGCAGGUGUUACAGUCGGGUGAAAGAACAUGGUGUUGGGAAAAGAAAGAGCAGUUACACAUUUGAACAGUUGGAACAGGUGUUUGGUCAGGGAGGAUGGGAUGCUCAGCCCUGCCAGCCUGUACUUAUUAACAGUAGUGGCUUGUACCAGGAGCUGGAGUCAGAUGGCAGCACUAUGGAGGAGUAUUCACAGGAGGACUGGGGAAACCACAGUCAGGAGCUCCAUGGUUACCCCACAGAUCAGGAAUUGGAUGAAAUACCUGUCACAAAGAGAGCAUUAAAAAUAAAGCAGGAGUCUUCUGAGGAAGCACAAAAGAGAGACAUCAUGCAGAAUAUUGUACAGAUUUUGGAAUCGGUACAAUUGAAAUGGGAACUCUUUCAGAGCUGGACAGACUUCUCACGGCUUCAUCUCUCCAACAAACUAGCCAUUUUUGGAAUCGGUUAUAACACUCGCUGGAAAGAGGACAUCCGUUACCAUUACGCUGAGAUUAGCUCCCAGGUGCCCCUGGGCAAGCGGCUCCGGGAAUACUUCAACUCGGAGAAGCCCGAGGGACGGAUUAUCAUGACUCGGGUGCAGAAGAUGAACUGGAAAAACGUCUACUACAAAUUUCUGGAAAUCACCAUCAGCGAAGCCAGGUGUCUGGAGCUGCACAUGGAAAUCGACUGGAUCCCCAUCGCCCACUCAAAACCCACGGGCGGCAAUGUGGUCCAGUAUUUGCUCCCAGGAGGUAUCCCCAAGAGUCCCGGUCUGUAUGCCAUUGGCUACGAGGAAUGUCUAGAGAGGCCGCACUCCCCCCAUGGGGACCGGCACUCUUUGGACCCAGGAAAGGAGGGCCGGGCUGAGCUAGAGUCUCUCUCUGCACAAGCCUCAUUGCAGGUGGAAAUGGAGCCCACCCGCAUCACUUACUGCUACCUCGGGAUUGCUGAAGUGAGGACUCUCCAGCAAUGCCUGUUCUUACACUUCCAAGCAAACACCAAAACCUUCAGCAAAGAUUGGGUCGGCAUCAAUGGGUUCUUGUCUCAAAACUGUCUGGUAGAUCCCGGUGUUUCUCCCAAAUCUAUCUACAUCAAGUUUGUGGAGGUCGAGAGGGAUUUUCUUUCCGCUGGCUCUUUAGUUGAGUGCCUGGAAAAAGCCAUCGGAUACCCCUUGAAAUUUAAUAACUGAACGUCAUCCUUCAUAAGGAUUUGGGCUCCUUCCACCCCAUUCCAUCCCAUCCCAUCCCCACACCCUUGUACCCAGACCACCCUCCCAAUCCCAUGCUGCCAACACUCUUCAUGGGAACUAGGUGCCAUCAGGCCAGAUUGACUUCUGAGGGUCUAUAGACUGGGCAGGAAAUGGAACUCCCCUGGAAAUGCUUGUUGGGAACAAGCGCGGUACACAGUGAACUUACCUGGUGGGUCAGCUGGUUUUUUUCUAAAGAAAAAAAAAAGCAAACCCAUCCAAUUUUUAAAUGGAUUUUAGAGCCCUGAUAUAAACAAAUGUAGGUACAUUCCAUAUUGGACAAGACUUAUACUUUGUGUUUCAUAUGAAAUUAAAAAAUAUUGUAUUUUUUUCACAAUGUUUCAUUUUUACACAUCUCUAUGUCUAUAGAAGUAUUAUGUACAACCCUGAAUAAAUAAGCAAUAGAUAAUGAACAUGUCAAAUCUUGAAUCACAGUAAAAAAAAAAAAGACUCUUUUUCAUAUCACACUUAGUGACAAUUCUAGAGAAUUUAGCGUUUCAUAUUUUGCACCAAGUAAGUGUUUUGCUAUUCCCAGUCAGUGUUGCCUGCAAAACCCUUCGUUUUUGUGAUGUACCACUUCAUGGUUGUGUUGCCAUUGAAACUUUUU